AUGUUUCUGACGUACAAGAAGUGCGCUACUCUCCAAAAAGUGCUUUCCCAGCAAAUUGGUCCAGAAGGUGAAACCAAAUACAGCCCUCAGACCGUCGAUUUGAAUCAUUAUCUCUAUCAUGAGUGCCACAUGAAGGAAAAUGGGUACCGAGUCACCAUUGGUACACAGCCAGUCAUUACGGACCAAAAGCAGCACCUGGUGUUUCGACAGAAAUAUACCAUUGAGUUCAAUUCGACCGAUUUGGAGAAGGUGAAGGGAACUUUAGGACUAAUUGAGAGCAAAUCCUUGCUUCCCAACUUGUGCCCUCAUAGAAGCAUUGUCACGCAUUGUUUGGACAUGCUAGGAGAGAACAGUCGCUGGAAUAUCGAUAUGAUUGCCGAGGACGAUGUCGACGAUAAAGUCAGCGUUACCUGCAAACGGUGCUGUACGUACUUUUCCAAUUUCCGGCACUACAAUCACUUGACCUUGCAAAAAUCCAGAAUCGAUUUUUCGACUUCGAUACAUGUCGGCAAGGGAUAUGGUUUAGUAGAGGAUGGCAAACCAGGUCAUGGUAGUCCGUAUGAUCUGCGAGGCUGGGUUAGUAGGACUCAUCUAGCGAACGUCGUUGAGGUCGACGACAUUCCUCGCGCCGGUUGCAAAUGCCGUCGCAAUUGUCGGAAGAUUGCCUUUGAGCCAGUCACAAGUCCUUCGCCGGUGGCCUCUUUGCCUGGUACUACUUGGAAAGAAGGUGGAUGGUUUUGA